AACUAGGGCCUAGCUGGAAGGGGCUAGUCCGAAGUUGGAGGUUGUUUGGAAAAGAGGCGACCUCGGGGUCAGCUCUUGGGGAGAGGGCUAGCCAGGUGAGGGGACUUUGGAAGGAAGGUUUGGGACAGAACAGUGGACUUGAGGAGAGCGGAUCUGGGAGAAAGACGUUGAUCGCGAAGAGAAAGGGGAGGGAGCAGUAGGAGGAGCUCCGAACCUGCGGCCUUUCCUUAUCAUAGCCCUACCGAUAUUCCGUAUCACCUACGGAACUGAAACAAUUAUUUAGAGCCAGUAAAAGGCCGGACAUUAUAGACGGGCUAGCCUCGGAACCAGAAAGACCGUGUUUCAGUGACCCUCUAGGUUCUCGGACAACUUUAUUAGACAGAGUAUUGACUUGCACGGGCUAGUCCUCUCAAUCCAGCCGUAAGGCAAGGACCGUUGCUUUUGUCUUAUAGGCAUUUGGGAAAUGUGGCAUCUUCUAGCCUAGUUCAAUGCGUUGUAGGUUUUGCAAGUUCACGUGCACUCAUAAAAAGGCCCAAUAUCCCUUCCCCAGAUGUGCCGGUGACGAAUAUAAAGGUUCACUCUCUGGAUAUGGAUAACAUUUUUCAUCCCAAGUCUAUUGGAAUUGUAUUGGGUCACUAUAUUGCUGAGAAGAGCUGUCUAUAAUAGUUGAUCAUCACAUAAUCUUGCUGUUACUGUAUAUAGUGAUCUUCAGGUUCUGCUCAUUUUACUCAGCAUCAGUUCAUGUAUCAGCCCCAUAUCUGUGUCAUAAAAGCAAUUUGAAUGGCUGGCACUAUACUUGGAGUGGGUAUAGGAGUAUUCAUCCUAGCACUGCUCUGGGUGUUGGUAUUGCUGCUGUGUGUGCUGUUGUGCAGAGUCUCUGGCUUAGCUAGGUUCUCAGUCAUUUUUGUUUUCCUUGCUGCUUUGAUUAUCACAACAGUUCUAUUGUUCUUUCCUCGGGCUACUGAUAUCCCAGCCCCAAAGGUGGAAAUGAAGAUUGUGGACAAGUUCUUCAUUGGCCGGUAUGUUCUACUGGCUUUUCUCAGUAUUUUCUUCCUUGGAAGCCUCUUCCUGUUUCUAAUUUAUCACCUUUUGGAGCCAAUCUAUGCCAAACCACUUCGGUCAUACUGAGGACUAUUCAAAGAAAUACCAUAAAUACUAGUUGAACAGAGCUGCUGCAUGGGCAGCUUCCAUUUCUUGGAUCUGGCAUGAAUUCCAUGAGGAUUGAGAUUCAUUGAAGGAGCUAUGUAAUUAUGCCUAUGGGGAUAGAUUCUCCCUGAGAAAUGUUGAUAUCCUCAUAAUCACCUUAUAUGACAUCACUUCCCUUUUUUAUACCUCAAUUUUUCACUUAUUUAGAAUCAGAAACAUGAGGAUAACUAUUUUGAAAACUUAGGAUAAAAUGGAAUGAUUUAUAGGAAGAAAAUGUUUGCUUGUAGCUGGUAGAGGCCAAAAAUCAGGUACUUUAUGAUGAUCUAGGAAACUACUUUGCUUGAAAAUGCACUUAGAUAUAAAGUGUUACUUUCAUUUUUGGAAAAUUUUGUGUAGUGCCUAGUUAUUAAUCACUUCAGUGUCAUUUCAGUUAACACUGUCUUUUAUUCCAAUAGACUUGGGAUGGAAAUGCCAUCCAUAUCUAGAAAAAGAACUUUGGAAACUGAAUCUGGAUCAAAACAUAGUAUCUUCACAUUGUUAUUGUUUGCUUUUUUCUUUCUCGUGGCUUUUUCUGUUUUGGAAUGAUUUUUCUUCUACAACAUGACAAACAUGGAAAUAUGUUUAAAAGGAUAAUACAUGUUUAACCUAUAUCAGAUUGCUUACUGUCUUGGGAAGAAGGGAGGUAGAGAAGGAAAGGAGAAAAAAUUGGAACACAAAGUUACAAAAACAAAUGUUGGGAGCAGUUAGAUGCACAGUGGAUAGAGCACACUAGCCCUGUAUUGAGGAGGACCUGAGUUCAAAUUCAGCCUCAGACACUUAACACUUUCUAGUUGUAUGACCCUACAUUAAGUCACUUAAUUCCAAUUGCCUUGCCAAAAAAUAAAAUUAAUAAUGUUGAAAACUAUCUUUACCUGUAUUUAUUUAGAAAAAAAUUAUUUUAAAAAAACCACUGAUUUUUGUGUAUUCCAAGUCUCAUUAAAGGUGAGAGAGGAGUUAAGGAAGUAAUAGUAGUCCUCACUUUGGUAAUCAAUAAAUUGAAUAUUCAUUGCA